AUGGAGAGAGAGGGACAUUCAUCCUUCUCUCCACAGUUUGCUCUGUCUGCCCCGGUGCGCUCUGGCGCUCAGGCGUCCCCAGAGACAGUCUGUCCUUAUCACCUUGGACAGGUUGAAGUCCCCAGAGACAGUCUUUCCUUAUCACCUUGGACGGGUUGAAGUCCCCAGAGAUAGUCUGUCCUUAUCACCUUGGACAGGUUGAAGUCCCCAGAGACAGUCUGUCCUUAUCACCUUGGACGGAUUGAAGUCCCCAGAGACAGUCUGUCCUUAUCACCUUGGACGGGUUGAAGUCCCCAGAGACAGUCUGUCCUUAUCACCUUGGACGGAUUGAAGUCCCCAGAGACAGUCUGUCCUUAUCACCUUGGACGGGUUGAAGUCCCCAGAGACAGUCUGUCCUUAUCACCUUGGACGGGUUGAAGUCCCCAGAGACAGUCUGUCCUUAUCACCUUGGACGGGUUGAAGUCCCCAGAGACAGGCUUUCCUUAUCACCUUGGAUGUGUUGAAGUCCCCAGAGACAGUCUGUCCUUAUCACCUUGGACGGGUUGAAGUCCCCAGAGACAGUCUGUCCUUAUCACCUUGGACGGGUUGAAGUCCCCAGAGACAGUCUGUCCUUAUCACCUUGGACGGGUUGAAGUCCCCAUUGACAGUCUGUCCUUAUCACCUUGGACGGGUUGAAGUCCCCAGAGACAGUCUGUCCUUAUCACCUUGGACGGGUUGAAGUCCCCAGAGACAGUAUGUCCUCAUCACCUUGGACGGGUUGAUGGGAGUAGUAAAGGGGAGAGGAGAGGAGGCGAGGCGUCGCUCCAUUCGCUUUUCCUGACAAAGGGGAAUCCUGAUACACCCUCAGUCACACCCCACACUUGACUUUCACUAUGCUGUACACUGUAAAUUAUACAUGCACCUCACAGUACUGUCUGUACUCUGUACAUACUAAGGGGCUAUGCUUCAAGACUGCCUGCCAGACAGUGUGUGGAAGAAUAACAUAUGAGGUGAUGUCUUGUAUUGAUAGAUUCCGUACUAAAUGGGUAACCUUAGAUUCUGUGCUAAAAUGCCUGAUGUCUUUCUCUGGUUGGGUUGAAUCCAAUGCAUUGGUUUCACUGUCUGCAUCACACAGACCUUCUCCCCCUCUGUGUGACAGCACAGAGAAACACCUCACAGGGCUUCACCAUACAUAAUGUAAUACAGAAAUAAGAUAUGCAGGAAGCCCUCCUACAGCCUUCUGAGGACGUUUUUUCCCCCGCUAUAGAUAUAGAUGUAUCAGUAUACUGUACCUCUAUUUUGGAGUUGACACUGGAUGACCCAACAAAGGACCACAACAACCAGCAGAACUUCAAAUCAAAUCAAAUUUUAUUUGUCACAUACACGUGUUUAGCAGAUGUUAUUGCAGGUGUAGCUAAAUGCUUGUGCUUCUAGCUUCGACAGUGCAGUAAUAUCUAACAAGUAAUAUCUAACAAUUUCACAACAUAUACCCUAUACACACAAAUCUAGUAAGGAAUGGAAUUCCUCUGCCCAUUCCCAUUCUCAGUCAGUUCCCAUCACCCCCUCACGUACUGUACUGCCCGCGCCACCCCCAUUCAAAUCCCCUUUGGUUGUCCCUUUCCCAGUGAUGUACAGUGUCUAUCUCUGUACUUGAACUCGGAUGACUCGGGGACAGUGUAUUUGGAGGGAGGCUGACUUUAAGGCCGUCCCAGUGGGGAUAGGGUGUGUAUGUGGUGCGGAGAGGAGAUCUGUAGCUUCAACCUCAUUCUGAACGGACCUGGCCUGGGUGAAGAAAUUUAGGCUUUAGUUGUUUGUUUAACCAGGACUGUUCUCUCAUUAACAAGCAAGACUUGGGCUACCCAAGAAGUGUGGAGUGUGAAAACAAACAGAAAAAUAAGAUUUUGUCUAUAGUUUUCUCUGUGCGUUAGAGAAAAUCCCUGUCUGAUUGCCUGUGUGUGUGUGUGUGGUUGUGGCUCUCAUCUAGGUUGUUGCAACCAUUGGUGGCAGGCAUGGUGAUAAGGUAUUCUGAGGCACACACACCCACAUACACAAAGACAGACACCCACACACACACACACACACACACACACACACACACACACACACACACACACACACACACACACACACACACACAGGCAGACAUAGACACACAGGCGUACAAACACACACAAAACACCCUCUGGCAAUGUCCUCACAUGACGGAGGCUAAGAUGAAAAUAGACCUGCUUUCAGUUUACCAUCAGUGACUCAAUAUGAUGCCACAAAAUAUAUAGACGCAAUCUACAGCCUACACUCCGAAUACCAGGGGUCUCCAACCCUGUUGCUUGAGAACUACCCUCCUGUAGGUUUUUGCUCCAACCCCAGUUGUAACUAACCUGGUUCAGUUUAUCAACCAGCUAAUUAUUAGAAUCAGGUGUGCUAGAUUAGGGUUGGAGUGAAAACCAACAGGUAGAUCUCCAGGAAUAGUGUUGGAGAGCCCUGGUCUACAGUAUGUGACUGUCAAAAUACUUCUGUGAGAUUUCUCUGAGAUUUAUUUUAAUUUUCUGUAAGCUGUCCACAAAUAUACAGUGUGUUGCUGAUAUGACAAAAAAACAAAACCUUGCAGUUGACUUUUCCAACAAGCACCGACUAGGGCUGUGGCGGUCAUAACAUUUUGUCAGUCGGUUAUUGUCACGCAAAAGACUGCCGGUCACAAGGUAAUUUACCAUGAAUUAACAUAAACAUGUUUAGCAUCUCCAGGCUCCACUCAUAGAAGCAACAUACAAGCCUCAAAUGCACGCCUUUGGAACAAUCUACAUUUUAAAUAGUGUAAUAAAUCAAUUGAAUAUACACCAUCACAAUAAAUUCAUUAUUUUUAUCAGGUCUAAAGAAACAUUAUGAUAUGAAGAAAAUGUAUUUCAGAAGAACAGAAUAUUAGUUGGCAUACUGUAUGUUAUCUGGCUAUGCUCCAUGCCAUAGGCAGUAGGCUUGUUCAAUUAGGAAACAAGAUAUGCUUAUAAGUAACGUGCCAUUAUUUUAUGUUAUAUCAUUUUAUAGUAAGAAGAAUAUAUUUGAACUGAGCUGAAUAAAAUAUAAUGGAUAUUUUUCCCAUUCCGGAGUGAGAGUGCGCGCAUAGGAAGUGGUUUUGUUGAGCGUAAAAGUGAUAAUUUGAAACAGGUCCUAUACGCUAGAUUUAGAGUUAUUUGGCAUCUUUAGUUGUGAAUGAUGCAAAUCUUAGAAUGCCUUAGAAAUCAAAAGAUAUACUGUAUGGGCUGCAUGAUGCGACUAUAGGCUAUUGAUGAUUUGAGAAAGUCGCCAAAAAAAGCUUGCGCUCAAGCCUCAAGCUGCACACACUGUUCUUUAAUCGUGAUCAUAUUUUCACCCAUAAGACUAUUCUCAAUUUAAUCUUGUAUUUACUAAUAUGUAAAAUUAGUUUAGAUUUACACUGAACAAAAAUAUAAAUGCAACAUGUGAAGUGUUGGUCCCAUGUUUCAUGAGCUGAAAUAAAAGAUCCCAGAAAUGUUCCAUGCACACAAAAAGCUUAUUUCUCUCAAAUUUUGUGCACAUAUUUGUUUACAUCCAUGUUAGUGAGCAUUUCUCCUUUGCCAAGAUAAUCCAUCCACCUGACAGGUGUGGGAUAUCAAGAAGCUGAUUAAACAGCAUGAUCAUUACACAGGUGCACCUUGUGCUGGGGACAAUAAAAGGCCACUCUAAAAUGUGUAGUUUUGUCACACAACACAAUGCCACAGAUGUUUCAAGUUUUGAGGGAGUGUGCAAUUGGCAUCGACCUCACAACCACAGACCACGUGUAACCACGCCAGCCCAGGACCUCCACAUCCGGCUUCUUCACCUGCGGGAUUGUCUGAGACCAGCCACCCGGACAGCUGAUGAAACUGAGGAGUAUUUCUGUCUGUAAUAAAGCCCUUUUGUGGAGAAAAACUCAUUCUGAUUGGCUAACCCUGGCUCCCCAGUGGGUGGGCCUAUGCCCUCCCAGGCCCACCCAUGGCUGUGCCCCUGCCCAGUCAUGUGAAAUCCAUAGAUUAGGGCCUAAGGAAUUUAUUUCAAUUGACUGAUUUCCUUAUAUAAACUGUAACUCAGUAAAAUCAUUGAAAUUGUUGCAUGUUGCAUUUAUAUUUUUGUUCAGUAUAGAAUGACCCAUUUAUCAAAUGGGCAAGAACAGGGGCAAUACAAAAAAGACAUGUCAUCCAUAUGCACUGGAAUAGCGAAUGGAGGCCACUUUCCCGCCGUUAUGUUUUUCACUCAUGUUGGGUAGGCUACUCUGGUAAUUUUGCUGCGCCACAGUUGAUAUUCCGCUCAAACUCUGUAUGCCAUGGGCUCUCCUCUUCAACCUUGUUCCUGCAGCUACCCAGUGCUUAAUUUGGGAAACAUAGUGAAAUAUGUUCAGGAACAUUGAUAGUAACCUGUUUUCACAACGAAUUAAGCACUGGUUGACUGUUGAUAGCCCCUCUCUCUGCGUGCUGGAGAAAGGAAUGAAGGAGAGAGGGUAGGAGAUGGAAACUUGACAAUUAUAUCCUCCUUAAGGCGUAUUGUCAUCCUUAAGGAGGAUAGAAUUGAGUCAAGUGUGGUGUGUGUUCUACUUCAGUGACUUUGAGUGAGUGUAUGUGUGUGUGUGUGUGUGUGUGUGUGUGUGAGGUGGGCAGGUUCAGGUUGGCGGUUUGCAUCCUGUGACCGGCAUACAGGUGGUCGGGAGGAGAGUGUGAGGGUGUGAAACACACUUCCUGCGCUGUGAAUGUACGGAGGCGUAUUGUCACUGUCGCUCACUAAAAUAACAGGAUUCACUUGUGGUAACUUCUCACUGCCUUGUCAUUUACAUUUUACAUUUCAGACAUUAAGCAGACGCUCUUAUCAAGAGCAACUUACAGUUUAUGCAUCCAUCUUAAGAUAGCUUUGUGGACAGUUUACAGAAAAGCAAAAUACAUCUCAGAUUAAUCUCACAGAAGCAUUUUGACAGUCACAUACUGUAUUGCAGGGCUCUCCAACCCUGUUCCUGGAGAGCUACCGUCCUAAUCUAGCACACCUGAUUCUAAUAAUUAGCUGGUUGAUAAGCUGAACCAGGUUAAUUACAACUGGGGUUGGGAGCGAAAACCUACAGAAGGAUAGUUCUCCAGGAACAGGGUUGGAAAACCCUGGUGAACGGAGUGUAGGCUGUAGAUUGUGUCUAUAUUCUGUGGCAUCAUAUUGAGUCACUGAUGGUAAACUGAAUAACUAGGACUGGCUGAACUGACUCCAGGUCUAUUUUCAUCUUAGCUCCAUCAUGUGAGGACAUUGCCAGAGGGUGUUUUGUGUUUGUCUGCCUGUGUGUCUAUAUCUGCCUGUGUGUGUGUGUGUGUGUGACUGUCUUUGUUUAUGUGCGUGUCUGUCUGUCUUUAUGUGUGUGUGUGUCCGUCUUUGUGGGUGUGUGUGUGUGUUUGUGUCGUAGUGGUGGCUCAGAAUACCUCAUCACCUUGUCAGCGUGCCUGCCACCAAUGGUUGCAACCCAGUGUGUAAGAGCCUAGAUGAGAGCCAGAUGCCUGGCUGGAACAACCACACACACACACACACACACACACACACACACACACACACACACACACACACACACACACACACACACACACACACACACAUAUGCAGUCAGACAUGGAAAAAUGGCUAGUUAUGGCUGAAGGAAAAGCUCAGUGCCAGGACACGGCACAUUAUAGACCAGGCAGGAGCUACCGGUCCUGUGUCAGCAGGGAUUUUCUCUACCACACAGAGAAAACUAUACACAACUUCUGUACAAAUCGUUUCCUUUUUUUUUGUCAGUUUGUUUUCACACAGUCCUGGUUAAACAAACAACUAAAGCACCAUGUCAGCCAAGUGCAUACAUUUCUUCACCCAGGCCAGGUCCGUUCAGAAUGAGGUUGAAGCUACAGAUCUCCUCUCCGCACCACAUACACACCCUAUCCCCACUGGGACGGCCUUAAAGUCAGCCUCCCUCCAAAUACACUGUCCCCGAGUCAUCCAAGUUCCAGUACAGAGAUAUACACUGUACAUCACUGGGAAAGGGACAACGAAAGGGGAAUUGAAUGGGGGUGGGGAGGGCAGUACAUUACGUGAGGCAGUGAUGGGAACUGACUGAGAAUGGGAAUGGGCAGAGGAAGUUCUGCUGGUUGUUGGGGUCCUUUGUCAGGUCAUCCAUUGUCAACUAGGGCUGGGUGAUAUAUCUAAUUCAUUUGAUUAAUUGGAAUGUAUGUUUUUGCACGAUAUUCCAAAUGCCUGUAUCGCAAAAUCUAGUUUUUUUGUUUUUAUGAGCGUUUAUGUCCGCUUGUUCUCAUGUUGUCUUUUUGGUCUCGUCUCCUUCGCUCCUUCUGUGCUGUGCACCUUCCCAUUUACACCAGAGAUCUGUAUAUAAUGACGAGAUGGUCAUGUCUCCGCCCUAACAAUGGGAGUCGUUGUCCCAAAGGCAGGAAGGCAGGCGACAAGCUUAGGUUCAAAGUAAGCACAUAUAAACGCAUUGGGCUUAUUUUGGACAGAUUCUGGCGAGAGUGAAACCUCUCAUGUCGCCUCUUUCUCCCAAGCCCCUCCACCUACCAAUCACAACAACAAAGAUGAGAGAUCCCUUCUUCCUCUCUGACAAACGGUUUCAACUCGCUAUUUGCAUUUCAGGUUUGGUCCAACAGAAUCGGUCAUAUGGACACCGAAACACAUGGAGACAUUAUUUUACUGUAAUAGAGGAGAAGUUAACCUUUCGAACCAUACCCUGUUUGUUUCAAAUCCUCAAAUAUCGAGCAGAGCAGACACUACUUAAACGGAUGUACCAAUGAUCAUUCAUUCUGGACAAUUAAUGUUCAGUUUGUCGCGCGCGCAUUACGGUACCAUGUAUCGCUAGCAGCAUUUUAGUCAAAUAAAGAUUGUUAUGCUAGCUGUUUGGAUGACUGUUUUAUAAAUGUGCAAUAAGCAUAAAACAAUUAUAUAAGGAAUUGGCAACUCGUUCUCAUUCUGAGAAAUAAGGUAGGCCACUUGAUUUCAACAUCUGAACAAAGUGGACAGGCUAGCAUGCUGUUCAAACAGUUGGAGACGGGCCAUAACAAUUCAACUGUUUUGCCUUGUUAGCUGAAUUCAGAGCUUGUGAAAUUAUACCUAGAUCCAAAUUGGCUAAACUGGAAAUAUAAAUAUUAGCUGGCUACUCUCUAGCACGUGGGCUUGUGCUUGAGAGAUUGUUUAUGAGACCGGUGUUAAUUUUCUAUAAUGCCUGCUACAUUAUUAGUGAAUGUGCAUUAUGCAUGGUUCUGGUUAAAUUUGUAACAAAAAGGGCAUUUUUAUAGACAGAUCAGUGAUUAUUGCAAAAAAAAGCAGGUACAACUAUUUUCAUCAAAUAAUUAAAUUAUUGUGUGACGAGUACUGAGGAUACGAAGAGGCAGGACGCAGACACAGGAAUCAACAAGGUAAAGGUUUACUUAACAAUGAGAAAGAGAAUAACAAUGAGCGAGUAAUCGACACAACGCUAACAAUUACACACAACAAUGACUGAACAGUCCAGGUCUAUAUAGUGGUGGUGAUGAGAUGAGGUGCAGGUGCGCUGGAGGUGAUUAGGCUGCGUUGGGUUUCCAUUCCUGUGAUGCCGAGGUGGUGCGCUCAGACCGGUGGCUCAGUAGACCGGCGAAUCAGAGCGCCGGAAGGGAGGAGCAAGGGGAGGAGACGUGACAGUAACCCCCCCACGUCGCCAGCCAUGAGAACGACCCCGAGGACGAGGAGCGGGCCGGUCAGGGCGGCGACGGUGGAAGUCAUGAAUUAGGUUGGGGUCCAGAACGUCCCCAGCCGGAACCCAGCUCCUCUCCUCAGGGCCAUACCCCUCCCAGUCCACCAGGUAACGGAGCCGUCCCCCACGGAACCUGGAGUCCAGCAUGUCCCUCACCGCAUACGCCGGAAUCCCAUCAAUGUCCAAGGGCGGAGGGGGCGUACCCACGGGGGACGGCAUCCGCCAGAGGACCAGGAACCACCGGCCUGAGGAGAGACACAUGAAAAGUAGGUGAGACGGUAGUGAGGGGGAAGGAGCAGCCAGUAUGAUACCUCAUUAAUCCGCCGGAGGACCUUAAACGGCGAGAUACAGGCCCGUCUGAAGUUUGCCAAUGAACAUCUGAAUGAUUCAGAGGAGAACUGGGUGAAAGUGUUGUGGUCAGAUGAGACCAAAAUUGAGCUCUUUGGCAUCAACUCAACUCGCCGUGUUUGGAGGAGGAGGAAUGCUGCCUAUGACCCCAAGAACACCAUCCCCACCGUCAAACAUGGAGGUGGAAACAUUAUGCUUUGGGGGUGUUUUUCUGCUAAGGGGACAGGACAACUUCACAGCAUCAAAGGGACGAUGGACGGGGCCAUGUACCGUCAAAUCUUGGGUGAGAACCUCCUUCCCUCAGCCAGGGCAUUGAAAAUGGGUCGUGGAUGGGUAUUCCAGCAUGACAAUGACCCAAAACACAUGGCCAAGGCAACAAAGGAGUGGCUCAAGAAGAAGCACAUUAAGGUCCUGGAGUGGCCUAGCCAGUCUCCAGACCUUAAUCCCAUAGAAAAUCUGUGGAGGGAGCUGAAGGUUCGAGUUGCCAAAUGUCAGCCUCGAAACCUUAAUGACUUGGAGAAGAUCUGCAAAGAGGAGUGGGACAAAAUCCCUCCUGAGAUGUGUGCAAACCUGGUGGCCAACUACAAGAAACGUCUGACCUCUGUGAAUAUUAUUAUUAUUAUUAUUAUUUUUUAACAGCGCCGGAGAAGAUGGCUGCCGUUUUACAGCCCUCUAACCAAUUGUACUAUUAUGUGUGUUUUUCUGCGUUAUUUUUAAUUUAUUUUGUACAUAAUGUUUCUGCCAUCGUCUCUUAUAACCAAAAAGAGCUUCUGGAUAUCAGGACAGCGAUUACUCACCUCGUAUUGGACGAAGAUUUUUUCUUCAACGAGGCGGCCGCGAAGGAUAUCAUACAGACACCCGACAAGGCCCAAAUCCCCGUCAUUCGCGUGAGGAAGAGACAGAGAUAUCGUGGACGUAGAUCGGGGUGCCUUGUAAGAAUCCGACGGCGAGCGAGUAAACUGCCUCUUCCAUCAAUCCUAUUAGCCAACGUUCAAUCAUUUGAAAAUAAAUUGGAUGACCUAAGAUUACGGUUAUCCUACCAACGGGACAUUAAAAACUGUAAUAUCUUAUGUUUCACCGAGUCGUGGCUGAACGACGACAUGGAUAACAUACAGCUAGCGGGCUAUACGCUACAUCGGCAGGAUAGAACGGCUGACUCCGGUAAGACAAGGGGUGGCGGUCUGUGUAUAUUUGUAAACAACAGCUGGUGCACAAAAUCAAAUACUAAGGAAGUCUCGAGGUUUUGCUCGCCUGAGGUAGAGUAUCUUAUGAUAAGCUGUAGACCACACUAUUUACCAAGAGAGUUUUCAUCUAUAUUUUUCAUAGCUGUCUAUUUACCACCACAAAGCAAUGCUGGCAUUAAGAUUGCACUGAAUAAGUUGUACAAGGCCAUAAAUCAACAGGAAAACGCUCAUCCAGAUGCAGCGCUCCUAGUGGCCGGGGACUUUAAUGCAGGGAAACUUAAAUCCGUUCUACCUAAUUUCUACCAGCAUGUUAAAUGUGCAACCAGAGGAAAAAAAAAACUCUAGACCACCUUUACUCCACACACAGAGACGCAUACAAAGCUCUCCCUCGCCCUCCAUUUGGCAAAUCUGACCAUAACUCUAUCCUCCUGAUUCCUGCUUAUAAGCAAAAACUAAAGCAGGAAGCACCAGUGACUCGGUUAAUAAAAAAGUGGUCAGAUGACGCAGAUGCUAAGCUACAGGACUGUUUUGCUAGCACAGACUGGAACAUGUUCCGGGAUUCUUCAGACAGCAUUGAGGAGUACACCACAUCAGUCACUGGCUUCAUCAAUAAGUGCAUCGAUGAUGUCGUCCCCACAGUGACCGUACGUACAUACCCCAACCAGAAGCCAUGGAUUACAGGAAACAUCCGCACUGAGCUAAAGGAUAGAGCUGCCGCUUUCAAGGAACGGGACUCUAACCCGGACGCUUAUAAGAAAUCCCGCUAUGCCCUCCGACGAACCAUCAAACAGGCAAAGAGUCAAUACAGGACUAAGAUUGAGUCGUACUACACUGGCUCUGACGCUCGUCGGAUGUGGCAGGGCUUGAAAACUAUUACAGACUACAAAGGGAAGCACAGCCGCGAGCUGCCCAGUGACACAAGCCUACCAGACGAGCUAAACCACUUCUAUGCUCGCUUCGAGGCAAGUAACACUGAAGCAUGCAUGAGAGCACCAGCUGUUCCGGAUGACUAUGUGAUCACGCUCUCCGUAGCCGAUGUGAGUAAGACUUUUAAGCAGGUCAACAUUCACAAGGCCGCAGGGCCAGAUGGAUUACCAGGACGUGUACUCCGAGCAUGUGCUGACCAACUGGCAAGUGUCUUCACUGACAUUUUCAACAUGUCCCUGACUGAGUCUGUAAUACCAACAUGUUUCAAGCAGACCACCAUAGUCCCUGUGCCCAAGGACUCUAAGAUAACCUGCCUAAAUGACUACCGACCCGUAGCACUGACGUCUGUAGCCAUGAAGUGCUAUGAAAGGCUGGUCAUGGCUCACAUCAACAGCAUUAUCCCAGAAACCUUAGACCCACUCCAAUUUGCAUACCGCCCCAACAGAUCCACAGAUGAUGCAAUCUCUAUUGCACUCCACACUGCCCUUUCCCACCUGGACAAGAGGAACACCUACGUGAGAAUGCUAUUCAUUGACUACAGCUCAGCAUUCAACACCAUAGUGCCCUCUAAGCUCAUCACUAAGCUAAGGAUCCUGGGACUAAACACCUCCCUCUGCAACUGGAUCCUGGACUUCCUGACGGGCCGUCCCCAGGUGGUAAGGGUAGGUAACAAUACAUCUGCCACACUGAUCCUCAACACGGGGGCCCCUCAGGGGUGCGUGCUCAGUCCCCUCCUGUACUCUCUGUUCACCCAUGACUGCAUGGCCAGGCACGACUCCAACACCAUCAUUAAGUUUGCCGACGACACAACAGUGGUAGGCCUGAUCACCGACAACGAUGAGACAGCCUAUAGGGAGGAGGUCAGAGACCUGGCCGUGUGGUGCCAGGACAACAACCUCUCCCUCAACGUGACCAAGACAAAGGAGAUGAUUGUGGACUACAGGAAAAAAAAGAGGACUGAGCACACCCCCAUUCUCAUCGACGGGGCUGUAGUGGAACAGGUUGAGAGCUUCAAGUUCCUUGGUGUCCACAUCACCAACGAACUAUCAUGGUCCAAACACACCAAGACAGUCGUGAAGAGGGCACGACAAAGCCUAUUCCCCCUCAGGAGACUGAAAAGAUUUGGCAUGGGUCCUCAGAUCCUCAAAAAAUUAUACAGCUGCACCAUCGAGAGCAUCCUGACUGGUUGCAUCACCGCCUGGUAUGGCAACUGCUUGGCCUCCGACCGCAAGGCACUACAGAGGGUAGUGCGUACGGCCCAGUACAUCACUGGGGCCAAGCUUCCUGCCAUCCAGGACCUCUAUACCAGGCAGUGUCAGAGGAAGGCCCUCAAAAUUGUCAAAGACUCCAGCCACCCUAGUCAUAGACUGUACUCUCUGCUACCGCACGGCAAGCAGUACCGGAGUGCCAAGUCUAGGUCCAAAAGACUUCUCAACAGCUUCUACCCCCAAGCCAUAAGACUCCUGAACAGCUAAUCAUGGCUGCCCGGACUAUUUGCACUGCCCCCCCACCCCAUCCUUUUUACGCUGCUGCUACUCUGUUAAUUAUUUAUGCAUAGUCACUUUAACUCUACCCACAUGUACAUAUUACCUCAACUACCUCAACUAGCCGGUGCCCCCGCACAUUGACUCUGCAACGGUACCCCCCUGUAUAUAUAGCCUCCACUGUUAUUUUAUUUUACUUCUGCUCUUUUUUUUCUCAACACUUUUUUUUGUUGUUGGUUUAUUUUUACAUUUUUUGUUAAAAAUAAAUGCACUGUUGGUUAAGGGCUGUAAGUAAGCAUUUCACUGUAAUGUCUGCACCUGUUGUAUUCGGCGCAUGUGACCAAUACAAUUUGAUUUGAUUUGAUAUGAUUUGCCAACAAGGGUUUUGCCACCAAGUACUAAGUCAUGUUUUGCAGAGGGGCCAAAUACUUAUUUCCCUCAUUAAAAUGCAAAUCAAUUUCUAACAUUUUUGACAUGCGUUUUUCUGGAUUUUUUUGUUGUUAUUCUGUCUCUCACUGUUCAAAUAAACCUACCAUUAAAAUUAUAGACUGAUCAUGUCUUUGUCAGUGGACAAACGUACAAAAUCAGCAGGGGAUCAAAUACUUUUUUCCCUCACUGUAUUCAACCUAGGUAUAAUUUCACAAGCUCUGAAUUCCUUAGAUUAUUGCUGACUGUUUAAAAUGCAGUGUAUUUUACCUUUAUUUGUACAACAAAGCUUAUUUAGAGAAAACAUUUAAAACAUCGAGAUAUAUAUAUAGUGAAUCGCCCAUAAGUUAGAAAAAAUUGAGAUAUGAGUUUUAGGCCAUAUGGCCCAGCCAUAGUAGAGCCAAAAUAGAGAUACAGCUUACUGAUACAUCUACAGUGCCUUCGGAAAGUAUUCAGACCCCUUCACUUUUUCCAAAUUUUGUUACGUUACAGCCUUAUUCUAAAAUUGAUUAAAUUGUUUUUUCACCUAAUCAAUCUACACACAAUACCCCAUAAUGACAAAGCAAAAACAGGUUUUUAGAAAAAUAAAAUAAAAAAUAUUUCAUUUACAUAAGUAUUCAGUACUUUGUUAAAGCACCUUUGGCAGCAAUUACAGCCUUGAGUCUUCUUGGGUAUGACGCUACAAGCUUGGCACACCUGUAUUUUAGUAGUUUCUCCCAUUCUUCUCUGCAGAUCCUCUCAAGCUCUGUCAGGUUGGAUGGGAAGCGUCGCUGCACAGCUAUUAUCAGGUCUCUCCAGAGAUGUUAGAUUGGGUUCAAGUCCGGGCCACUCAAGGACAUUCAAGUACAGUCGUUGGAAGGUGAACCUUCACCCCAGUCUGAGGUCCUGAGUGCUCUGGAGCAGGUUUUCAUCGAUCCUGACUAGUAUCCCAGUCCCUGCCACUGAAAAACAUCCCCACAGCAUGAUGCUGCCACCCCCAUGCUUUACCAUAGGGAUGGUGCCAGGUUUCCUCCAGACGUGACGCUUGGCAUUCAGGCCAAAAAGUUCAAUCUUGGUUUCAUCAGACCAGAGAAUGUUGUUUCUCAUGGUCUUAGAGUCCUUUAGGUGCCUUUUGGCAAACUCCAAGCGGGCUGUCAUGUGCCUUUUACUGAGGAGUGGCUUCCGUCUGGCCACUCUACCAUGAAGGCCUGAUUUGGUGGAGUGCUGCAGAGAUGGUUGUCCUUCUGGAACGUUCUCCCAUCCCCACAGAGGAACUCUGGAGCUCUGUCAGAGUGACCAUCGGGUUCUUGGUCACCUCCCUGACCAAGGCCCUUCUCCCCUGAUUGCUCAGUUUGACCGGAAGAGUCUUGGGGUUUCCAAACUUCUUCCAUUUAAGAAUGAUGGAGUCCACUGUGUUCUUGGGGACCUUCAAUGCUGCAGACAUUUUUUGGUACCCUUCCCCAGAUCUGUGCCUCAACACAAUCCUGUCUCGGAGCUCUACGGACAGGUCCCUCGACCUCAUGGCUUGUUUUUUGCUCUGACAUGCACUGUCAACUGUGGGACCUUAUAUAGACAGGUGUGUGCCUUUCCAAAUCAUGUCCAAUCAAUUGCAUCUACCACAGGUGGACUCCAAUCAAGUUGUAUAAACAUCUCAAGGAUGACCAAUGGAAACAGGAUGCAUCUGAGCUCCAUUUUGAGUCUCAUAGCAAAGUGUCUGAAUACUUAUGUAAAUAAGGGAUUUCUGUUUUUAUUUUAAAUACAUUUUCAAACAUUUCUAAAAACGUGUUUUCACUUUGUCAUUAUGGGGUAUUUUGUGUAGAUUGAUGAGGAUUUUUCUUAUUUAAUCCAUUUUUAGAAUAAGGCUGUGACAUAACAAAAUGUGGAAAAAGGGAAGGGGUCUGAACACUUUCCGAAUGCACUGUUUAUCUAUAGCCAGAAUAAAAUGUCCUCAGAAGGCUAUCUUUCUGAGGAGGGCUUCCUGCAUAUCUUAUUUCUGUAUUACAUUAUGUAUGGUGAAGACCUGUGAGGUGUUUCUCGGUGCUGUCACAGAGGGGGAGAAGGUCUGUGUGAUGCAGACAGUGAAACCAAUGCAUUGGAUUCAACCCAACCAGAGAAAGACAUCAGUCAUUUUAGUACAGAAUCUACCCAUUUAGGAUGGAUUCUAUCAAUACAAGACAUCACCUCAUAAGUUAUUCUUCCACACACUGUCUGGCAGGCAGUCUUGUACAGAGUACAGACAGUACUGUGAGGUGCAUGUAUAAUUUACGGUGUACAGCAUAGUGAAAGUCAAGCAUGGGGUGUGACUGAGGGUGUAUCAGGAUUCCCCUUUGACUGAGAGGUUUGUUUAGGUGCAGGUAAAGCAAUUGGAGCGACGCCUCGCCUCCUCUCCUCUCCCCUUUACUACUCCCAUCAACCCGUCCAAGGUGAUGAGGACAGACUGUCUCUGGGUACUUCAACCCAUCCAAGGUGAUAAGUACAGACUGUCUCUGGGGACUUCAACCCGUCCAAGGUGAUACGGGCAGACUCUCUCUCGCUCUCUCUUUCUCUCUCCCUUUCUCUUUCUCUCUCUCUUUCGCUCUUUUUCUCUCUCUCUUUCUCUUUCUUUCUCUCUCUCUCCCUCUCUCUCUUGCUCUCUUGCUCUCUCUCUCUCUCUCUCUCUCUCUCUCUCUCUCUCUCUCUCUCUCUCUCUCUCUCUCUCUCUCUCUCUCUCUCUCUCUCUCUUUGGCACUGACAAGAUGGCCUCAUCUGUGUCAACUGGUGUGUGUGUGUGUGUGUGCGUAUUAUAUGGGCCAGGUUCUGGCCCUGUUGCUCUGUCUCCAGGCAAUCUGUCUGUGGUGCUCUAGCAGUGGUGACUGUCGUGAUUAUGUCUAUUUCACACCUAUAUCCUGUGUUUUUUUAUCAUGACUGUCCGCAAACCUACAUCGAAACCUAUAUUCCAUCAAAUAUGACAAAUAUUUAUGCAUUUUAAUGCAAGAUUGAUAAAUGUGCACACAUUGAUAGAAACGUGUUGGCCUUUUCUGCUAUUGCUCAUUCAAUAUUUGAUGAAUCCAUCUGUUUGCACCUUGCAACAAGGAAAAUGGCACUAGCACAGCAGAAAUGUGUUUGUUAAUCACAGUGUGAUUGCAUGCUGUUCCAUGUACUCGUAUCUGUGCUGCAAGUACAUCAUAUUCAAUAGGCAUUGUUUUUGGUUGCGUCAUCAACUAUUGACAAUUCAUGUUCACAGCAUGACAGUUGUUUUCACAUUGUGGUUGAAUUUUUGUGCUUCUUGACACAUCAGAACCCUCCUCCCACAUGCCCGUAGAAUGGGUGCUGCGUCAAGUGUUAUGUUCGUCACUGUUUUCCAACCAAUCAAGUCGAUAAAGGCAUUACAACUCCUCUGCUUUAACACUCUUAAAAAAUAUAUAGAUGUUAUGGCAUGUCUACCUACAUGCUAUGGUAAACGUUUACUGUAUCAAGCGUGGCUGACAGUGUGAUUUAUCGAAAUUGAGAGUCUGCGAUUUUCCUGCCAUCCUCACGCACUGUUGGAGCUCCGCCCAAGCAAGGCAUUUGAUUGGUUUGAUGUGUUGCGAGGUGUCACUGAUUUAUACCAGGCUUCCACCCCAUUGUAGCUACUUUCUGCCAUUGACUGCACCAGGCUUACCGAUUAGGUAAGGCUGGUGAAGGCUUACCAAUUACUUUCUGCCAUUGAAUUCAUAGGUUUACCCAUAAUGUCCCAAGUGGGCAUUCUGGCCCAGUAUUGGCACAGCUCAUGGCUGCUGGGUUGGGGUUGGAUAACCUUGCCAUGGAUCUGGCAACCCAUCGAUCUGGCAACCCAUCAGGCAUGGUAGGGCAUGAUUAGUGUAGCCGGGGAUCAGAUGGUGAGAUGAUCAUACCCUGGGACUUUGUUGUUUUGGGGGUGCAUUAAUCCAUGCAUUUCAUGGGUGGGCCACCAGAUAAGCCAAAGCCCAUGUUGUUUAUCCCAUCCUAUAUCAUUCUCUAUGGGACCUCCAGAUACAGAUAGGCCGUAUUUGAUAGGAGAAUGAGUCACGGCACCACUGGGCAAUACAGCGACAAAGGCCUGGCAGUCGAUGAGCCAGCAUGAAGCCAGAGAACAUGUCGCUAGGAAAAAGGCCUGUAGAACUCAUCAAGCUCUUUGUGAGUGUGUGAGCGAAAGAGAGUGAGAGAGGAAACCCUGAGAAGUUUCAUGCAGAGAGGGGAGUCAAGGAGGCAGGCAUGGAAACCCUACGGAACCACAGGAAGGAACAAAGGCAGGGCUUGAGAGAAUGAGCUGGAUUCUUGGAAUGCACUUUAACUGGGGGCUACAUGCUACAUGCUGUCAGUCAUUAACCAGCUGAACCUGAGUGGGGCUGUGAGGUUCCUCCUGGGAGCCAGCCGGCCAGUCAGACUCUGUGACGUAGAGUCAUGUGCUCUACGAAGAACGAGGGGUCAUUGAGAGGGAAAACCACUCCAAUUAAGUGAACAAAAACAAACACGGGUAAUCUUUGUUAUGUUUGAUCACUUAGUCAGCGUUUCCACCUCUUUAAUUUGAAUGUGUAAAGAACAUGGUUGUCCUGCUACACUUCUCUUCACGGAUUCUUAUUCUAAAAAUAAUAUUGUUACAGCAGUUGUGGUAACUGUUGAUAAGUUACUGAGUUAUAACCUCAUGUUAAUACAAUGCAAUACAAAACAACAUUGCACUAUAAUUUCUUACUGUAACUAAUGCCAUUAACAGGACCCAGGUUAUCACUCAACCAAUUAGUGUAUACCAAUAAUGUUGGAUCUGUGACAUCCACUGGUAUAGAUCAUAUCGUCACUAAUGCUGCAGAGCUUUGCUCCUAAGCAAUAUCACUUCCCAUUGACUGUAGUGACCAUAACACGUGUGGCAUUAACAAGGAAAGCCAAAGUACCAAGGCAGGGCCUAAAGUUAUUCUUAAGAGAUCAUACAAAAUGUUCUUUCAGGACUCUUUUGUUGAAAAUGUAAAAAAUGUAUGUUGGUCUGAUGUUUAUGAGGAGAAUCCAGAUGCAGCACUUGGAGGAUUUAUACAAGUAUUCUUGCCAGUUGUUGACAAACAUGCACCUGUUAAAAAACUAACUGUGAGAACUGUUAAAGCCCCAUGGAUGUAUAUGAAAUGAUAUUACCAAAACAAGAUAAAUUACAUUAAAAAACUAUGGAAAAAUACUUUGGAGCACCUUAAAUGAUAUUAUGGGCAGAAAACCCAAUUCCUCUUCAUCGUCCAUUGAAGUUGAUGGGUCAUUUAUAACAAAACCUUUUGAUAUAGCCAAUCAUUUCAAUUACUAUUUCACUGGUAAAGUGGACAAACUGAGAAGUGUAAUGACAAUAUUGAACAGUGAACCAUCAUAUUUGUGUAUUGAAGAUUUAAUAAUGAAAGAGAAGGAUUGCUGUUUUGAAUUUGGUCAAGUUUGUGUGGAAGAGGUGGAGAAACAAUUGUUAUCCAUCAGUAAUGAUAAGACAACAGGUAUAGACAACCUAGAUGGGAAACUAUUGAGAAUGGUAUCAGACUGUAUUGCCACCCCUAUUUGCCAUGUCUUUAACCAAAGCCUAAAGGAGUGUGUCAAUGGGCGUAGAAGGAAGCUAAAGUAAUUCCACUACGUAAAAAAGCACCCUUUGCUGGCUCUAACAACCAACCAAUCAGUUUGCUGCCUGUUUUUAGUAAACUGAUGGAGAAAAUUGUGUUUGAGCAAAUAUAAUGCUAUUUUUCAAAUAACAAGUUAACUACUGAUUUUCAGCAUGCAUAUAGGGAAGGGCACUGAAGUUAUACUGCACUAACUCAGAUGACUGAUGAUUAGCAAAAAUAAAUUUAUAAUAAGAUGAUAGUUUGAAGAUGUAUUGUUAGAUUUCAGUGCAGCUUUUGAUGUUAUUGAUCAUAAUUUGAUAUUGACAAAACUCACUUGUUAUGGCUUUAUAUCACCUGCCAUCACAUGGUUGAAGAGUUAUUUAUCCAAUAGAACCCAGAGAGUGUUCUUCAAUGGAAGCUUUUCUAACAUCAGAUAUGUACAGAGCGGUGUCCCUCAGGGCAGUUGCCUUGGACUGUUACUCUUCUCUAUUCUUACAAAUGAUUAGCCACUUGUCAUACAAUAAGCUAAAAUGACUAUGUAUGCUGAUGAUUGCACACUCUACACAUCAGCACCUAAAGCCAGGGAGCUCCCUGAGACUCUUACCAAGGAGUUACAGUCAGUGUCAGAAUUGGUAAUUAACAAUAAACUGCUCUUAAAUACAUCUAAAACCAAAAACAAUAUAUUUGGUUCAAAGCGUUCUCUUAGACCUAAACCUCAACUGGAGUUGUGCAUAAAGGGUGUGACCAUUGAACAAGUUGAAGAAGCUGAACUCCUAAGAGUAACAUUGGAUGAUCAGUUAUCAUGGUCAAGUCAUAUUGACAAAGUUGUGAAGAUGGGGAGAGGUAUGUCUGUUAUGAAAAGAUGUUCUGCGUUUUUUACACUAAAGUCAACUGUACUAGUUGUUCAGGCUCUGGUCUUGUCCCAUCUUGAUUACUGUUCAGUAAUAUGGUCAGGUGCAACAAAGAAAGACCUAGCAAAGCUGCAGCUGGCUCAAAACAAAGCAGCACUUAACUACACACACAGAACUAACAUCAACUACAUGCAUGGUUGAGGGUUGACGAGAAAUUGACUACUUCUAGUCUUUUUAAAAACAUUUGUGGGUUGAAAAUGCCUAACUACUUGUAUAAUAUAUUUGCAUACACUUCAAACAGACAUACAUACCCCACCAGACACGCCACUAUUGGUUUCUUCACUGUACCCAAACCAAAAACAGAUUUAAUGCGUUGUGCAGUUAUGUAUAGAGCUAUGCCAUCAUGGAAUGCUCUGCCAUCAGAGGUUACUCAGGCAAAAAGCAAGUUUAGCUUUAAAAAACGGAUAAAAUACAUAUUUUAUCACAGUGCCUAAUUUAACUUUACUGUAUUUAAUAAUUUGAAUAUGCGUAUAUGAAUAGUGUGUAAAUAGUAUUUUUGUUGUCUCUUGGUGUCUUUCUAAUAUAUAACUCUUAUUUUAUUUUUAAUUUAAUUUAAUAUAAUAUCUUAUGUUGUUCUUGUCUAUAACUGUUAUGUACUUUGUCAUGUAUUUUUACGUUUUAUGUGGACCCCAGGAAGAGUAGCUUCUGCAUGUGCAGUAACUAAUGGGGAUCCUGAUAAACUAAACUACAAAAUGCUUUGCUAAAUGAUUUAGAGUUUUUCAUUCAGCUAGUGUUUCUGAAUCCAUGAUAUGAUGUCACCUUUUUCACUGUUUCUCCUAGCUACAGUCACAGUGGUGAAAUCCUCCCCCCUGGUUCGUGCCGACCGGAGGUGGAAUGAUGAAAGAUCUCUCUCUUUCUAUUUUCUUUCUCUCUCUCUCUCUCUCUCUCUCUCUCUCUCUCUCUCUCUCUCUCUCUCUCUCUCUCUCUCGCUUUAUCUCCCUCCCUGCCCUCGGUUUGAAAUAAGACUAAGGAUCAUAACAUCGUUGUAUGUAACCGUGGAGAAUAAUGUGCCGAUACUGAAGGAUGUGAGACUGUGCCCUAUGGAGGUUACACCUGUCUUGUCACAUUAUUAUGCUCCCACAUUCAUUUCCAUGUUUGUGGCUGGAAGAAGACAUGGUUUGGUCUUUGAUGUGAGGGGAUUAGUGUUUGUGAGCCUCAACAGCCCUGGGACAGAUUAUAUAGUACAGUAGGAGGUAAAUUAACAACCACUUGGUCAUACUCGCAGGCAGUCAUACACCACCAUGCUUUUACCCUCCAAUAUGAAAACAAGCUUAGGUUAAAAAUGCUAUAUCCUCCUACAACAUGACUGAAAUAAGAAUUAAAAGUAUUUUUUUUAAACCUUUUACUUGGAAUGCUCACAAAAUGUAUUAAUUGUCACAUACAUUGGAUAGGUGCAGUGAAAUGGGUUGUUUUACAGGGUCAGCCAUAGUAGUACGGCACCCCUGGAGCAAAUGAGGGUUAAAUGCCUUGCUCAAGGGCACAUCGACUAACUUUUCACCUUGUCGGCUCAGGUAUUCGAACCAGCGACCUUUUGGUUACUGGCCCAACCUCUAACCACUAGGCUACCUGCUGCCAAACAUAGUCUAUUUUCUACUUUCUUGGUAAGAACUCUCACAAGCCCCUGCAGCACUGUCAUACACCUCCAAUAUAUGACAUAUAAUCAAAUUUGAGAGGUCCCUUAGAGAUUGACAUUACUCAUGUCUCUCUAUGAAAUAGCCUGGAAUCUUUUGGCCAGCUGUGAAUGUAUUACAGAUAAUGAUGCAGAAAUGGCUGCUGUGUCAUGUUAAUUGCGAUGUGUGUGGUGCAUAAUCUGCUCAUUUUGCAAUGACACAAGGCAGUUAGUUGGUCUUUGGGGCUCGUGUUAAUGUUCCCCAUCAUGUUCCAUUAACACUGAUGGAGCUGUGAAGGCCCUAAGAGGAGGAUCUUUGGGCGUAGUCUAAUGACUUUGGUAGGGACAGCGAUUAUAGAGAAAAUACCAUAUUUUGAUGCAUAAGUUAGAGCAGGGGUGUCAAACAUCAAUCCAUUCCGCGCGAGGUUUGAGUAAAAACAUGCACAUUUCUCCCGGCUAGGAAAUAUGAGGCAUUUUAAGUACAGCCCUCCAGACCUUGGUGAAGACCGAAUGUGGCCCACUGGUCAAAAUAAGUUUGACACCCCUGGGCUAGAAGGAGAGAGAUCGAAAAGAUACAGUUAGUAGGGAGGAUGUUGAGGAUUGUUGGGGAAGUACAUUGAUACUGUAUGAUCCGUAACCUUUCUUUCUUACUUGUUUUCAUAUCACCCAUAACUAAUUUUGGGAGGGUUCCCAGCCUAUAACUUUUGUGUUGGCACUAGAUGCUCUAGAAUUCUCCCAUCGAGUGACUCCACAGACGUGAGACAUCCAAUCAUAUUUGAGUAACACCUGAGUUUACCUGAAACCCUAGUGUGCACGAUAUGGAGACAGAAGCAAAAGCCCCGGGCCAUAAAUGAUGUCAGCCGCAGAGCUGAAAGAAGAGGAGAGUGGAUGACUUCAGUCAGGAAGUGGACUGAUAGCUAUUGAAGAGUAGGUCCCUACUGAUGGAAACUCCCCUGUUUGGGUUAGGACAGGUGUAAUGUAUACACACACCUUGUCACAGAAGCUCAGAGGUUGGGACUUGAUCAUCAAAGCCUGCAGCUUUUAUGAGGGUCAGUAGUUGUCAUAAUCACUGUCUUCAUGUGAGACGGGAGGAUGAGACGGAGAGAGAGAGAUGUCUCUUCUUAUGAAUAUCUCUUAGCUGCAUCCUAGGAUCCAGUAACCAGGUCACAGUGACUCAGUCCCUGGAUGAAAUGCACCAAUUGACUACGCUCUGAUUUCAUCGAUGAAAAGUCUACGUCUUCUCUUUUUAGGGCUGAAACGCAUGUGUAACCUAAAUGUCCCGUUGACGUCAAUGCAUGAUUUGACACAAAUAUCUGAGUUAGGAUUUGGCCCUUACAGAAUACAUUUACAUAUCCUGACAAACUAUGACAGAUCAUAUCAUUGUGUACUGUAUUAUCUUGCUUUAGCACAUGAAACAGGUAGAUUUCCCUUUAUGGAAACACUGUAGGUGUGGAACGACCCACACGUGUACUUUCGUUUUCAGCUACAGAGAAUGUUAGUGUUAACCAGUGAAUGAAAUAUCCCUCAUGAAAGCGGUUUGGCACAACGUUCCUCUCUUUGUGACCCAUUUGUCAACAGAGAGGUUUUACACCUUCAUGGUAAUCACUCAAACUCUUUUUACAUUUAUUUUGUCCCCAUAUAUCAAUAUUAGUUCUGAUCAUUUCCACAUGAGCAAAAUCAUUAAAUAGCCAGAGAUAUUGUGCCAUGAAUAGUCCUUAUGGAUUAUGAUAUUGAUUCAAGAUGAUCGUUUGAGUGAUGUUCUGUUUUCCAUGCAUGUUUUAGAGGAAGUGGAAACUGUGGCUGAUGCCCUGACUCUCAGAGGUGCCAAAGACCCCAGUUCCCUGUUUUUCUUCUCCCUCUGUGAAAGUACCCCAAAACCAGAAUGUAUUCAACAGAAAGUCACCCUGUGGUUUUGUCUCACAGACUUUCUCUCACUUCCUUCACACUUUUGGCCCUUAAUGUCCUCUUGACUUUCCCUGCUGUGAUAUUUCACCAUGUCCUCCCUCACAUUGACAUUAAGGUCGUGCUUUCUGUCACAGCCCAAACCACCUUUCCUCCCCCAGACUAUUUCCACUUGAUCUGACAACGGAUGCUGUACUAUGGAGGCACGAUAAACUGUGAAAGCAUGUCGUUGUUGUUCCUGACCUGUACUGUUUUUAACUUGUUAACCACAGGACAUUGUAGAUAUGAGUGGACCCCUGAUGGCAUAUCAUUUUUUGUUGUUGCAAUUUACAGACAUUUGAUGUUUUCAUGUUUUGAAGACACAUUCCACACACUCUCUCGCUCUCUCUCUCCUGUCUCCCUCUCUCUCUCACUCUCUCUGUCACAUACACACACACACCGGCUGUUGUGAGGUCGUCACCCAGCUCUGGGGUGAAACAUGAUCAGCCACAGUUCUCCUGGUGUGCUGCCAGCGCCAGCCAGGGACCACACACACUUCCCAGGGGGCCGAGGGUGAAAACUUUGAGGUUUUAUGCACCAUUGAAUCUGAGAUUAUUUAUUUUUCCAUUCGCUUUCAUCCAAAUACGUAGGUGUGGAAUUUUUUUACUGAAAUCCUACUCAAUGUAUAAAUCUUCCAUUUAUAAGGUUCUUGCAUUUUGCAAGGCGAAACUGAUGCAUUCAGAGAAAAUAUCUGUUGUUUGUACUGACUUGGCUUUUGUCAGUCAUGAAGCAGCCAUGCAGACACACACAAACACACACAUCCAUUCACCAGCCUAUCCAUGUUUGACCAUGAAUUAAUAGUUCUCUACACUCACUGACUGCUGGGGUUAUUCCUGGCCAGCGCAGCAGUGUGAGUUUCUAUCACAUAGCUGGUCGGCUAGCUGAGCUGUCUGUUACCAUUUUAAACUGGGCUGGGGUGGUGACUCACCCUGGGUUGGCUGGGCUCUGACCAACAUAACACUAAGCUGUGGUAGGUCAUGAUUCACUCCUCCUGCACCCUCCGUUUAGUCACCACCACACGCCAAAAAUACUCUAAAGCCUACUACACCGUGACCGCGCUCCCCACUGACUGGCUGGCUAGCAUGGAUGCCUUCCUGCUGUUACCCAUGAGGAAUACCUGCCCAGGCCCUCUGAGGGAGAGGGUUUACUGUGGCACAUUUAACUGGAGUCACUGACCCUGACGUGGACUAGAGAGAGACAUUGACACUUCUCUGUAAAGGUGUCUGAGGUAUGCAUUGCAUAAGUCAUGGUUGUGGUGGAUGUUACGCCGCAUCCAUCUAUGCAACAUUACAAAUAAGCUCUUUUUGGGGGAGAAAUCAAAUGUACAGCUUCAGUAGAAUACAGCUGUGGAGACUCAUAUCUUCAGUAGAAUACAGCUGUGGUCUCAGAUAUCUUGGUCUGACUAAGUUUGUGACCCACAUUGUGGGCCAAUUGCUUGUUCAUGAUUUCCCUCAGAAAAUGUGUGCAUGUCUGUGUGCUGAAGUAGCGAACAAGGGGGAAGUGAGUAUUGAUAGUCAGUGGCCAGGGAUGGGAGCCGCUGUAUCAUGUCAGCGUCUAGAGGGGAGUAGAUUGUAACUUACACCACUACUACUACUGCACACACACAAACUCUCACACACACACACACACUCCCUCUUUUUCCUUAUCUCUCGCUGGCUCUUUCUCUCUAUUCUGCAGUUAAAUCAUGAACUACUCACAAGGGAUGAUCUCUCCUCUUCAUAAUGUUUGAAUUUCAGAUAACGUAUGCUCUUACUUAGUCCAUUUGAAAUUAAUCAGUCCCUUAAAUUGAACAGGCUGGCCGUGCACAGGUCGACUCGCCCUUCAGUUGCGUCUCGAGUAACCCUUAAAUAUGCCAUUAUCCUGUCUGCAGGGCCAGUGGAGAGCUUGUUUGCAGUAAAUUCAAUUUCACUUGACAAUGCCAGGGUGACUUAUAGCAGUAAAGAAGAUUGAGAGUUGCACAAACAGUAUUAGGGAUGACCUCAGAAGACAUAUACCAUGGGUUUCACUGACCUUCUGAAAGUGAGACACCCUAACCCUGAUUCUUGAACAAAGAGGUAUUGUUAAACACAGAUGAUGAUGUCACUGGUGCAUUUACGUCCCAGCAGCUCAGGGCAAAGGCCCUGGUAAUGUACUCUGUUGCCCAUAUCCUUUUGCUUUCUUAAUGUCACUCUUUGUAUGAUGUCUCAUGCAACCUAAUGGCCCUAUUGGUUACUGAUUAUGUCUUGGAGGAAAAUAAGUCAGGCGUUGUGUUUUCAGACGUAGCCGUCGAGCUGGGUCUCACAUAAAACCCACUCUCAAACCCUCCUCUUCUUAUUCUCUCUCACACACACCCCCAACGCGCACACACGCAGACACACACAUUUUCGUGAGUUGAAAAUAAGACAUAAUCAGGGCAGGGAGAAGACAGGAGGGAGGGAAGUAGGGCAUAACUGUUGUCAGUGGUGUAUAGUGUACACUACCACCACCAUCGGCCCUCGAGUGGGGAGCCCUGAAUUAUUACUGUUUGUUAAUUAAUAUUUCUCUGCCAGCCCAGAGGAAGACUAUGGCCCCGCUCUCUGUGCUCUUUGAUAAAUAAUUUACGCCUGUUUGCUUAUAAUCCUGCUGGUUUACUCUCUAUCAGAUCUGCCGAUGGCCACGAGGGGUGUGUUUUCUCGCUCCCUCUCACUCAGGGGGCAGCCUUAGAUGUGUGGCUGUUUGAUGGAUGCAGAUAGGUUGAAUAUAGGCUAGCCUCACUUUAAAAUACCAUGUUAUAAUAUUGCUCACUAAAUUACUCAUAAGUUUCUGUGCAUUCCCUGUGGAAAUUCCAGGUUGAAUAAUGUAUUGUAUAAUUGUAUAAUAGAGCAUUUAUUUUCUGUGACUCACCUGGAUUUUAUUUUUACAUUGUGAUUAUUCUUUUGUCUAUAUAUAUUUUUUGAGUUGUUACUAUGGGAGAUGAUGUGGGUCUACAUGGCAUUCCUUUGAGUUGAGCUUCUGAGGUUUUAUCAUGGCUAUCACAGCUGUGCUAUCUAGUGCUGAUCUUGUUCAUUUGCACCGCAGGCAGAGACAGUGUGGCCCAGAAGAGCUGUUCAAUAUUUAAUUGUUGUCACUGAUACAGCUUCAUAAGUCAUCCACAAAGGGGACUUGGGGGCGGACCCUCCCACUGUGCCCUUUGUUAAUGUGUUUGUUUAUUGCCUUUGUAAUGUCACACACACACACACACACACACACACAGUUCCUCACUUGGCUGAUAGUCGUUGCUCAUAUAAUAGUGUAGCCUAUCAUCAGUUGAUUAUCUCUCUCAUCAUCUGAGAGACUGAUUCUCUCAUUCUCUAUAUCAGUCUGUUGUGGUCUAUGACGACUGGUGUAUAUCUCCGAGUUGCAGUCUGAUUUUGCCUAUUGUCAUGACUCUCCUGGCUGAGGAUCCAAAGGCCUCAGAUCAGCUUGGCAAAUGGCUGACAACAACCAGACCCUCUCACCCACAGAAGAGGGGAAGGGGGGCUGGGCCGGUUUUGACACCUUAACACUGGGUGGUAAAUUAGGCAGGAGGGGAAUCUCUGUCCUGCUCUCUAGUAUUGGUAAAUGAAUGUGCUUUGUCUCCAGAAGACUUUUGCCGGCAAAACACUGGAACAAUAUUCCUAACAUCCGAAUGUUUGGAAUGGUCAGUGGGGAUCUAAAGAAUAAUCAUGUCAUAUUGUUUAUUUUUUUGUGAUGUCAUUAAGGAUGGUAUCAAGAAAUAACUGUAACUCGGAAAGUGUACACAUUCUAUCUGUCAAGUUUACACCCAAAUGUUGUAUAAAAUAUAUGAUUAAAGAUUAGAGUAUUUUUGUUAAGAUAGGAAUGUGAUUUUAGUAUUCUAAUGAGAUAAUGGUUUUUCAUAUAAACUAUGCACAGUGACUAGCCACGCCCCAAGUUAGCACAGACAUCAUGUCAGCGUGAUGGAACACCCCCCUUUUACCAGAGUGCAUAAAAAGCCUUGGUAACAAAUACAAUCAGACCAGAAAGUGUGAAGCUGUGGACGCACGGCUUAAAAUGGUUAGACCAGACGGACUCAAACUGCAGCUUAGGUCUCCAUUGGUUACGACCCUGAAAAUCAACACGAGGUGAAGACGACAAAGUCGCCUCUCUAACAAUCAAUAUUACGGCUGAGUAGCUGUUGUAAGUACUGUAUCUAAGAAGGUGAAUUUAAGUAGGAGCAUCCUGUUACUCUCUUCAAACCAUUGUCUACUACACUGCUCUCAUCACCCCACUGGGGAUCAUCGACACGGCUGAUUAGCUGUCUUCAGAGGACCACUCUUCCUGAAUGACCAGUCAUUUAAGCCAUGGACAACUAAGAAGAAGGACAUUAUGACCCCUGGUGCACAAUCAGAGACUUACACUCCAAGUUCGAGAAAAGGUCCAACCGAACCCUUCACAAGAAGGCUUGUGUCCAACAGAGAUAAAACGACGAAGGAAGACAUUCAGACACGUAAAUACAUUCAUGACUUCUUCUCCAAACGGGUGGUGGUUAGGGUGCUAAGUAUUCUGAUUACUGUGAGCAUAGUUUCCAAAUGUAUGUACGAUAAGUUUGAUUCUCUUUGCCCUCUCUCCCUCCUUCUUUAUCUACCCCUCCCUUUCCUUUGAUAACCAAGCAGUCAUGCUGUUGUUAGUCCACUAGGGACUUUUUCUCAUGUAUUAAGUAUGUAUGUAUUCUGUGUUAUUAUUUAGUUAGUUAGUAAAUAAAUAAUUAAGCCAAUUUGUGUAGUGCUGAAUCAUAUGUAAAGCUGGAGUUCUUGCAGAUCCAAGGAGUAUGCGACGUUCAGAAUUAUUGUAAUGAGGUAAUGAUUAAUAAGUGACUGUUAUCGAUAUAUAACACAUAUAUCAUUCGGGAGAUGGUAACUCUAUAACUUCUUCCGUGGUGCCCCAAAUUCCUAAUGAUUUAAUUGUUACAUGAUUAAUUUAAUCGGGUAACAAUUAAACAUAGUUAGUUGAUUCGAUAAAUAACAGUCAUCACAUUAAUGAAAGUCACAACACUAUACAACCUCUUGGUACACUGUAGCCUAUUGCAAUAUAGUCACCUACAGGCAAACCAAGGCAAAACAGUCCUAAUAGAUUUAUACUGUAAAUAUCCAUCCUCAGUUCACACCCUAUUUCACCCAACUAGCUCUAUCCUCAGUCUGAACUAGCCAAAGCUGAAUUAUAUUCAAUAUGAUACCAGAACUGUGACAUGCUGGGAGGGGAAAUAGAAGGGAGGAGAGGGGGUGAGGAGAGGAUGUGAGAAGGAGGGGGUGAGGAGAGGAGGUAAGAAGGAGGGAGUGAGGAGAGAGGUGAGGAGGAGGGGGUAAGAAGUAGGGGGUGAGGAGGGGGAUACGUUCUCCUCCACUGGCUCUCAUCAAGUAUUAACAGUUGAACUCCCAGAAGCCUGGAGUAAUGAUUAUACAGUUUGCAGCUUGUGAGAUUAUAGCUGCCUGUCUGUCUAUAAGCUGUCUGUCUGGCAGACAAAUAUGAUGUUGAAAUAUAUCACCCCCACACAGCAGACAACAUGAUGAAACAACCUGCAAACGCUUGUUUACAGAAACAGACUGUUUUAAAAAAUGUAUCCGGUGUUUGUGGUGAGUUUGACAGCCAAGAGCAAGUGUCAUGAUUAACAAUGAUAGCUAGUCUAAUUUACAAAGGUAUGUCAUGGGGUUGCUAGUCUAAUUCACAAAGAGUUUGUAUAGGUAUUGUCACUGGGUUGCAGUGAUGGCAAAUUUCCAUUGACAUAUCAGUGUGUUAAAAGUUAUUUGCCUGUGGUUGAUUUGUGGUUUUGUCCUCCACAUUUCCAACUGACACAGAGACAUUAGUUAUGUUCUGCUGCUGGCCUGCUUAGCUCACAGAGACUAAGAACGAGAGAACCUCGAGACUAGAGCAGUCAAUCUGUUCAAUCAAGUUCUGAUUCUUUUCAAUCAAGAUUCUGAUGAAUGGAAUCAGGUGCAUUACUGUAGUCAUACUGAACACCGCUGCACUAGAGAAAUACACUAGAUGUUAAAUGUUGACCAGGGGAAAACACAUUAGUGCUAAAAUGUAUGAGGAGAGGAACACCAAAGAGGCCUAGAGUAUGUUCCUCCUCCUCUUAUGAUGAUGAGAGCCUUUUCUCCCCUUUUGAUUUUAUUAGGAUCUCUUUUAGUUCUAAAGGAAACCUGAGGGUGAAUAGCGGAUUCUGAGAUUAUUCCCAUCUGGAGACUGUUCCUUUGCUGCAGGCCUCUAGCUCCAGGCUCUGCACAUUACAACACCAUGACUCAGCAGAAAGAAACCCCUCCAAGCCUGAUGAGUCCAUACACAUACACAAACAUGCACAAACACACGCACAAAUAUGCACAUAUACAAACACACAUGCACAAACACACGCACACAUACGCACACGUACAAACACGCACACAUACACACAUGCACAAACACACGCACAAAUACGCACACGUACAAACACAUGCACACAUACACACAUGCACAAACACAUGCACACAUACGCGCACACACACACACACACACACACACACACACACACACACACACACACACACACACACACAAUCACAGGUGCACACACACUCCUGGGCUCAGACAGACAGACUGCAGCCUCAGCUGUCUGUACUGUAUGCUACAGGAGCUUUAAGUGCUCCAGUGUUAAGAUGAGCACAAUGAAAGGCUUUGCAUUGAAUGGCUUUGAAUCAAUGUGGACCCAUAUUGAGUGGCACUGACUAAGACUUUCUGCACAUACAUAAUAUAUUUAUUUUCAAUACUUUUAUUGUCACAUUGAAUGAUUCAAUGUACUCUAAACAAACAGCGCAUUAGAGCCCUUAUCUCUAAUGUCAUCGUUGUCCUUUCCUAGGCAUCAGCACACAACAAGAUAAUGCUGUUUGUGCAGUAGGCUAGUAAUCUCACAAGCCUGCUUACAAAUCUCCAUGAACAUCUGAGCUAUGAAUGUGGGUCAAGAGAGACUGGUACAGAGACUACAUGUGUAUCCUAUUAGGAAGUAUCAGGGGAUGUGUGUCAGGUUGCCUUGAGGAGGUGUUGAAACUGGGAUUCUCUGUUGAAGCUGUUGACGGAGAGGUGAUAGAGAGACUGUGGUAUGUCCGCUGUCUAACCCAACAGAACAGAAUACAUGCACAUGGACACGUCUGUACGCGUAUGGAGGAGAGAGAGAGUGUUUUCUUUUCUCCAUAUAAAAAAAUACAUUUCUACAACCUCCAAGUAAUUGGGUCCUUUUCAUCCUUUGCGUCCAUUGACCGUGCAUCCAACCAACGUCUUGUCUCUCGCUGUGUGUGUGUGUGUGUGUGUUCUGCAGGGUGUGAGCGGGAUGUCUCUGGAUGUGGGUGCCCAAGCCGGGUCCAGGGAGACACCCAUGUACGUGUAUGAGUCGACGGUGCACUGUGCCAACGUGCUGCUGAGUCUGGAGGACCAGCGGCGGCUGAACAUCCUGUGUGAUGUGACGGUGGUGGUGGAGGGGACGGAGAUCAGGGCCCACAGGGCCGUCCUGGCAGCCAGCAGCAGAUACUUCCUACAGGUGCUACUGGGACACACACACCCCGAGCAGGAGCCAAUCAUCAGCCUGUCUGACAAGGUGAGUAAUGACCAAUGAUGCACAUUGUAUGUCUAUGCUAACACCCUGAGAAAGCACCAAUAACCUGACUUGACUUGACAGACUUUAAGCUCCCCUCGGCAUUGCUAUUUAUAUACUGUUAUGCUGCUAUAUUAUAACAGCCCUUCCAUUACAUUCAGAGACCUGUCCUAGUGUGGUAAAAUGGGCGUGUCAGUCAGUCAGAGAGAGAAGGAGAGAGAAUCUAGACUUUUAUUGAGUCCUCAAAAUUCACUCUCUUUUGUGUUCAUGUGUCUGUGUAGGGCGGAGGGAGGAGGGAGGGAGGGAGGGAUGAGGGAGGAGGAGAGAGGGAGAGGCGAUUAGAUGAGAGAUGAGGAUGCUCUAUAUGAGAGACUCUCUAUCUAUUCUCUGUCUCAGCUCUUAGCUCCUCUCCUCUCUCAUCUCCUCUACUCUGAUAUCGCUCUCUCUCUUCUUCUCUCUCGCUCUCUCUAUCUAGAGCGCUCUCUCUCAUCUCUCUCUCCCUAGCUUCUCUCUCUCUCUCUCUCUCAUCCUCCCUAGUCAACCUCCACCCCUGCAUUAGGCCGAAUAGGCCAAUGUCCCUAGAUAAUAAAAACUCAAAAAAAAAAGAGCAAUGAAGUUUUGGAAACAUAUAAAAUACAGUGACAUCCUCUCAUAUCAUUACCAAGCCCUGCAAUGCCAAGAGCUGAGCAAAGAAAAUAGUCCCCUCAUCCAGCGGGUCCUGGGGCUGAGUUCACAAACCUGUUCUUCUAACACACUGAACACACUGAAGCCCAAUCAAUUAGAAUAACAACCAGAUUACAACACAGUCAAAACAAAACUACACUACCUAUUGGGAAACACAAGCACAAAGUAAAAUGUAGUGCUAUCUGGCCCUAAAUCGACACCAUGGCAAACUAUUUGCCCCGGGUUUCUAAACAAAACCUUAGAAAAGCCUUGACAAAGUACAGGCUUAGUGAUCACAGUCUUGCCAUUGAGAAGGGUAGACACAGGAAAACCUGUCUCCCUAUAGAGUAAAGGUUGUGCAACCACUGCACCACAGCAGAACCCGAGAUAGAGCUGCAUUUCCUGACAGAAUGUAAAAAAUAUAAAAUAUUACAGAGUGUCAUUUCCCCAAACCUCUCUGAUGAGAAUAGGUUACCCGUCCUGUUGGGGGAAGACGCAGAGAGCUGUGGGUUGGCAGCGCACUACAUUGCUGCCUGCCAUAAGAUAAGGGACAGUGUCUGACAGACCAACCAACCUGCAUGUCCUCUAUGCCAUUGUUAUUGUCCAUUGUAUGGUUAUUUUUACUCUUGAUUAUUGUUGAUACUGAUUGUAAUUUUGAGUAUUAUUAUUAUUUUAAUUAUGUUAAUAUUGUAAAUUAAUAAUUUCCAUGUAAUUUUCAAAGUACGCUUUUGCAAUAUGUACAUUGUUACGUCAUGCCAAUAAAGCAAUUUAAUUGAAAUUGAGAGAGAGAGAGAGAGAGAGAGAGAGAGAGAGAGAGAGAGAGAGAGAGAGCGAGAGAGAGAGAGAGAGAGAGAGAGAGAGAGAGAGAGAGAGAGAGAGAGGCGGCCGGGUAGCUUGCUCGGUGGUCACACUUUAGCAUUCCAUUGCUUGUUUAUGUAGUGUUGGCAGGAUUCUUGAAAACCCUGUGUGAAUUUUUUGAAUCAGUGAUACAUUAUAUUUCUGCCGCUGUAACUAAUCGCGGGCGGAACAGCCCCGGCCCACAUUCCACUGGCUCCAUUAGCAUAUAAUGUCCUAGAUCUGUCAAUUUGAUUAAUACUGUAUGUCUCUUUGACUCUACCUCAUACAGUAAUCACUAUCAAUGACUUUACAUGUCAAAAUCCAUCCUCUAAUGACUAGAAAGCAUGGCUUAUUUUCCACAUCUCUCUUCUCUUUCUCUACAGGCAUUCCCUCUCUCCUUCUACCUCUCUCGCCUCCUUUAUCCUUUGUAGUGUGGAUUUUCUCUUUCUCACUCACACUAAUUUUCUGUCUAUCCAUCCUUUCGCUUCCCUCCUUUUUGCUUUGUAGUAUCUCGCUCUUCCUCUCUCUUCCUCUCUCUCUCUCUCUCUCUCUCUCCAUUUUCUCUCUCAUUCUAUUUUCCCUCUCCUUCUCUCCCUGUCCUCAUUAGGAAGGCUGAUAGUAACAUUAAAGGAGGCUUGUCUGGCUUCUGUGUUUUCAUAAAGACAUACUUCUGUGUUUUCAUAAAGACAUGCUUCUGUGUUUUCAUAAAGACAUGCUUCUGUGUUUUCAUAAAGACAUGCUUCUGUGUUUUCAUGAAGACAUGCUUCUGUGUUUUCAUAAAGACAUGCUUCUGUGUUUUCAUAAAGACAUGCUGCUAUGUGUUCAUAAAGACAUGCUUCUGCAGGCACAUGAGGCAGCUGCUGACGCUAGCUGAAAAUAGACCCUCAGAACACUCAACACUCUAACGGCACUCUACCUCCCCCAGCCCCCGACACACACACACACACACAUACACCAGGCCUGCUGGCUAUCAGCUACUAAGAGAGAGAACAGGAGAGAGAUGAUGGGGGGAUGGGGGAAGACUAGAGAGGAUAGGGGAGAGGAGAGGAUAGAGGGGGCUAGGAGGGGAAAAGGAGGGGGAGAGGAUAGGGGAGAGGAGAGGAUAGAGGGGGCUAGGAGGGGAAAAGGAGGGGGAGAGGAUAGGGGAGAGGAGAGGAUAGAGGGGGCUAGGAGGGGAAAAGGAGGGGGAGAGGAGAGGAUAGAGGGGGCUAGGAGGGGAAAAGGAGGGGGAGAGGAUUGGGGAGUAGGUGAGCUGAAGGGGGAGAGGACGACAAAGGAGAGACAUAUUUUAAGGGUGGGUGACUUUCACCUUCAGAGAGGGAUGAGCCCCCAGGCACUCAUUGGGAUGACGGUGGGAGGUUGAGGUGAUGUGCUCCAGUUAGUUUGUUCUCCCCCCCCCCCUCCUAAUGUUUUUGUCAAAAUGUCUGUCAAAAUAAAACAUGAAUGUGUAGUCCACACUGCAGGGUUUGUUCAACUGUGUGUGUAAGCAGUGUAAGCAGCAGCCUUUUCCCAACUCUCACACUCCCCACACAAAAUCCCCAGGACCAGUAACAACACAACAGAUUCUAACACUGUGUUUCCUCCUCUCCUCCGCUCAUCAGGUCACAGCCAGGGGGUUUGCCCCGCUGCUACAGUUUGCCUACACAGCCAAACUGGUUCUAAGUAGAGAGAACAUCCAUGAGGUGAUCCGCUGUGCUGACUUCCUGGGCGUUCACAACCUAGAGGACUCCUGCUUCCGUUUUCUGCAGGCCCAGCUGCAUAGCGACACCACUGAUCACAACAAUGGCCUUCUUUGUCGCAAGGAGCUGCCGUCGUCGGCGCACACUGAUGACCUCAUCACGGAGGACGACGGUGGUGGAGGUGGUUCUGCGUCGUCCGAGACCCCCAGGGUGACGUCAUCCUCUGCGAUGAGGUGGCGACCCAAUCACUCGACCCUCAUGCCCCUCACCAGCAGCCUGACCUCUGACCUCCCACGAUGCGCCAAAUACAGGAAGUACCAGCAGGCCUGCGCCAAGCACAACGGAGAGACCGAGGAAGAUGACAGUGUCACCUCGGCCACCUCGUCACGCUGCCGUGCCUCAGCCUCCCCAGGCCGCUCAGAAACCAGUAUCACCCGACAAGGGGAACACCCCCUCUCCCCCUCCAGAAUCAAAGAGGAGCCCCGCUCCGGGGGCGAGGGAGAGGGGAGUCCCCCAGGACUGUCAGAGGAUAGCCAGAAUGUCCUGGAGAUGGAGCUGGAGCUGGAGGGGGGGCCAGGGCCCUCAGCACGUCCACCCAGCAGAGGCUCUCCAUCCUGCCUGCGCUCCUACCUUCAGAGGGGCCUCCUGGAUCUCAGCAACCCAGCCAGCACUCUACCUUCCACUCCUCCCACCCAGCAGCUACUGACCAACAGAAUCUCACUAGCCCAUAACAGGGACAGAGACAGGGGGGCAUCUCAGGGGGAGGGUGUAAGGGACCUUGGGGCAGUAUCUACAGGGGCAGUGGGUUUAUCUGAUGGAGACAUGGAGGGGGUAGUAGAGGACAUGGCCAUGAAGCCACUCGUCUCAAACGGAGUCAUCAAACAGGAAGUAGAGUUGGAUCGCCGCAGCAGCGUCAUCUUCUCCCCCGGGGCAUGUGACCAUCUGGGAACAUCGUCUCAAUCCUACUCCGACCGGAAGUCUCUGGAAAAAGAUCUGUUGGAGAUCACGUCAAAAUCCCUGUGGACAGGUGUUAGUCAGUCUCUCCCCUGCCGGCAGACAUACUCUCCCCUACCCUCCUCCACCACCCCCUCCACAGCCCUCCAGGACCCCCUGCCAACUAUGGCCUGCCGACCGCGGCCCACCACCAGCUGCCCUCUGCCCAUAAAGAUCUCCCCCUGCUCCCCUGCCUGCGAGCCCUGCACACGCACGACCAGCUCCUGCUCAUCUUUCUCCUACCUGGAGGACGGGGGCAGCGGGGACUCGCCCUCCAGCCUGCCCCAGUUUGAGUUGUCCUCCUCCCCAUGCUCUGUGUCGGGCUCUGGCCUGGUGGGGGAGCAGAGGGAGCACGGUGGGAUGGUGGUAGGGGAAGCCAUCUUCUCUCAGGGCCGCACCAAGAUCAAGUGUGAACGGACGUACGGGGCCAACUCCAGUGAUGAAUCUGGGUCCUUCUCAGAGGGAGACAGUGAUUCUGGCCCUGCCAGAGAGCCAGGUCCUGAGGUCAGUAUCAUUUAUCUAUCUAUACUCCAUAUUGAAAUUGUGAUCUGUGCUAUUCAAAAUGGGUUUUGCCAACAACUAAAAUUGCUCUGACAAAAUGUUACUGUGUCAGAGAGAUACCACACGGUUAGUGUUAUGGCUGGGAAGAUGAACUGUGUUGUUAUAAUUAUGUUUUGAUGGUUGUCAGAGUUACUUCUUAAAACCAAAAGGGAUAAAUGUCUGAACAAAUAGCUAGGACCACUCCUCUUUAUGAACUGCUAAGAAAGCAGUGGUGAAGACUUAAGACAGAAAGAGAGAGAGAGACAGGGAAUUGAAUAGACUAGUUAGCUGUACAGGAUAUGACAACUGUUGUUCUGGGGAAGAAGAGCCUGGAGAGUUUAGAAUAGUAGUAAUUUUAGUAAUCUGUGAGAUUUCUGUUUGACAAAAUGUAAUGGAUGCUAUUCACCUCUAAAACUAUAGUCAUGGCCCAUCCAUACACACACCAUCCCGUCCCCUAUUCACAGCCUAAAGCCUCUAAGGAUAAGACCUUGAUUUCACACUCUUUGUUUACUUUAAGAGAACUGCAAGGAUUGCCAUGGCAAUGCUUUAGCGCCCACUCCAUUUCAUGUUGUUGUGUGGAGAGAAAUUAGACGAUUCUUCUUGUGCUACACUGUGGGCUAAAGUCUGUUGCUCAGCUGCUCUGAGAGACUCACACACAAUCAGCAGCGUC